AUGCAAAUUGGAAUUGUUGCAGCUAUAGAUGAAGCUUUUGCUUCAUAUGGAUUUCGACAAGACGAGUACAGAAAAAAACUUGUUGGGUUUGGAGCUGAUGGAGCAGCAGUGAACCUGGGAAAAAGUAGGAGUGUCAGUACACUUAUUAAGGAAAGCUCUCCAUGGCUCAUAGAGAUACACUGCAUGGCACACAGGCUAGAACUAGCCAUUAAAGAUGUAUUUAAAGGCACAUACAUGGAUGAUGUUAUUGAGAUUCUUACUUCAAUACACUAUUUUUACAAGUAUUCUGCAAAACGUGUAAGAGAAAUUACAGAGCUGGCUAAUGGCACACGUUGGGUGGCACACAAACUAACAGCCAUAACCAAAAUUAAACGCAGCUGGAAGGUUGUUGUUCUAUACCUUGAACAGUGUGCAUCUGACAGAGCCAAUAGGGCAGAAGACCGAGCAAAAGCAACUGGCAUCAGGAAACAGUUACUGAGUCACAAGUUUGUUCAUUAUAUGCACCUACUACUAGACAUACUUACUGAAAUCAACAAAGUUUCCCUCCUUUUCCAAAGAGAAGAGAUUAGUGUUUCAAGUGCAAUAUCAAAGCUGAAUAGUGUUAAUCUGGUGCUUAAUUCUAUGAAAGAGGAAGAUGGUUUUCAUUUGCAAGAACUGGCAGUCGAGAUGGAUGAAGGGAUAGAGUACAAAGGGCAAACUUUGCUGAACAGGGUAUCUGCUGCUUCAUUUCAAAAGCAAAAGAAAGAAAUCACUUGCCUCAACAGUCGUUUUAACGACUGUCAUUCUAAGCCAUUGUUUACUGCUUGCCAUGUAUUUGAUACAAAAGACUGGCCAGAAAAUGACCAACUUGUACACUAUGGAAUUCAGCUUCAAAGUGUUCCAGAAGAAGUGCUAGCUAGAGGUGAAGAAGCUCUACAGGUUUUUAACAAAGAGUUAGAAAAAGGAAAAAUAACAGUUAACCAUGCGCGAUUAAUGUUCACGGGCAAAGAGGGAGUUGGGAAAUCCUGUUUAGUAAACUCUCUCCUUGGAAAACCAUUUAAUGAGGACGAACCAUCGACCAGUGGGAUAGAAGUAUUGACAACAAUAGCUUUUGGUUGUAAUAAAUGGAAGGAAGCGACGGAGGACAUUGAUGAUUGUGAACGGACAAAGCAGAUAUUAGAAAGUACAGUAGAAGGUAAAGUUGCAGAGAAGUUAAUGCAGAUGAACAGACAAACAGAGGCUCUUGAACAGGCAGCGUCAACAUCUACUACAGAGCAUGAUGUUGCUGGAACAAAACCUAAAAGAGGUCAAAAGAAGAAGAAAGAUGUCAGUAAAAUAAGCCAAGCACUUCCACCUGAAACUCUAAAAAGAAUUGAGCACAGAAUGAGGGGAGAAAACCCACAGCAUAGUAAUGAAGAUAUUACUUUCAUUUGGGAUUUUGCUGGCCAGCAGCUUUAUUACAUUACACAUCGAAUCUUCCUAACAAGCGAGGCCGUGUAUGUGAUUUUGUUCAAUUUGAUUGAAGGUAUGCACAACAAGGGAAAGCGUAGAUUCUGUAAAAUGGCAAAGUAUGUGAUGACGUACGAUAUGACAAAUAUCCAGAUUAUCAAAUAUUGGAUGAGGUUGAUAUAUACAUACGCUAUCCCAGUUAAGGCACAACAGCAGCUACAAGCCAAAAAACCUCAAGUUGUGGUAGUUGGUACUCACAGUGAUUGCCUAGAGGGCACUGAAGAAGACAAGAAAAAGCAGAUUGAAGAACAGUAUGGAAUACUAUUCCAAGAGAUCAGAGGCACUCCAUAUGAAUCACAUGUGGUGAGAAAAAUGUACGCCAUCAGUAACAAGUAUGCAUCACAGUGUGAGAUGCUGGAAACGCUUAAACAAGAUGUUGGUGGAUUUCUGAAAGAAAUGCCCAAAACAAUCCCCCUUAAGUGGCUCAAAUUCCAACAAAUAUUGCAGGAGAAUGGUCGGACAUCAUUGCACAUGACAUAUGCUAAGGUGUGUAAAGUUGCUACUGAAUGUGGAAUUUCUGUGGAGAACCUCAUCCACACACUCAACUACUUGCAUGAUCUUGGAAUCAUUCUGUACUUUGAGAACAACAGACUACUAAAGCAUGCUGUGAUAACAAACCCACGGAAGCUGAUUUUCAUCUUGAAGAAAAUCAUCACCGAAGUGGAGCCUGAUGAUGAUGAAAAGUGGCCUUUGAUGAUUGAGGAUUGGAAUAAACUUGAAGAGGAAGGAAUCUUGGAGGAAAAGUUAGCCAGACAUCUUUGGAGAGAUGAGAUUAGCAAAGACGAAACUUGCUUUGAGUUCUUCUUAGAAAUUAUGAAGCAGUUUGGACUGCUGUGCGAGCAGAUCAAGAAUCAGGAGAGUACACAUCGGUCAUUUUUUGUACCCUGUCGACUGAAACGUAGCACAGACACUAUGGCUAUUAAGUCAGACUCAGAUCAGAUGGUUUCUAUCUAUAUGGCUUCCGAGGAUUUCAUCCCUGAUAGUAUCUUCCAUCCUCUAGUUGUCAGUUUGAUUGGAAUGGUACAAAACAUGGGCUACAAAGCUAAAUUAGAGUUAUUUAGCAACUAUGCAAACAUCUGGCUAGGACAUGAUCACACUCUCAGCUUGGGACCGGUAGUCAUUGAUAACAAGCCCUCAUUAAAGCUGGAAAUAUUACGAAUGUCUGUUGUUCAUGAGGAUGGUACAACUACGUCAACAGGGGAACCAACUUCAAGAGUUUGUAUGCAGGUGUUAGAGUUUCUGAAGCAAGAGAUGAAAGUGUUGACAAUUGGAAUGAAGCACACAGGAUAUGCAUUCCGUGUCCUGUGCUGGCAAGACUCGAAAAAAACUCACUUCCACAAUUUGGACGAGUGUCUGGAAAAAGAUUCUAUCCCAUGCGGAAAGAAAUUGAUAACGACAGUCAAACUACAAAGGAUGUUCAGGAAUAAGAAAAUACUAACAGAAAACCCAUCCUUACCAGAGUGGACUGGCAAAAAGUGGUCAAGCCGGUUGCGAAAACGCACCCAAUGUGGCAAUCAAAAUUUAGCUGCAACAAAAAGUAAAAAAAUCUGUCCUUCAAUGGAAACCGCUGAUGUCAGCAAUACAGAGACAGUGCAACCAGGUCCAGCAAUGGAUACCACAGAUGUCAGCAAUGCAGAGACAGCGCAACAAGAUGGGAAUCUAGGUUAUGUGGAAGAUAAGCACCUUUAUCUUAUCGCUAAAGACUUGGGACUGGCAGGGAAACAACUGGGUGUCAGGCUGGGUCUCAGUUGGAACAAGAUCCAACAAAUCUGGAGUGAUAACAGACGAUUGUCAAUGCAAUGCAUAGUGGAUAUGCUGACAGAAUGGAGGAAACAACAGAACUACGAGACAAAUCAAGUUGAGAUAAUGUGCAGAGCUUUGAAGGAACAAAGACUCACAGAGCUUGCUAACAAAGUCUUUGGCUCACAGUCAGAGGUUCAAUCAUCCCAUGUAAGAUCCAGUAGAGAUCAUGAACACGAUGGUUGCUUGGCUGAUACUGAUUUUCAGUUCAUUGCUGAAAGACUUGAUGAUGAUGAUUGGAAAGAUUUGGGCAUCUACCUUAAUAUAAAGCGCUCUGAAAUACAACGAAUUAAAACCGACUUUUCACCACCAACGGUAGACGCCUGCAUGGACAUGUUGGUAAAGUGGCGAGAAAGGCAGGAAGCUAAAGUAAAUCAUCUUGCAAAGAUUAUUGAUGCAUUAACCAAUCUUGAAAGAGAAGAUGUCAUUGAAGAACUUAAACUUUAUUACCAGGAAAAAUAUAACUAAAAUCAGUGCCACAGAAAGCGGCCCUGGUUCCGAGGAACCCAAAAGCGGGGUUGGAACAUCCAGUAAAAGGUCCAGGAGCAGAGCCCAUGGUUAGGGGCCAGUCCAAAAGUUCCAAUGUUUCAUGUACUUAAAUGCCUAUUUCAAACUAUUACAGACAUAAUAACAGAGAGAAAAUAUUAUGUCAACAUCUUGAGAAAAUAUAUUUUGAAAAUAGACAGAAAUAGACAUUCAUGCAAUUUUAUCCAGAGGUGCUUUCAUUUAAAUAUUUGUGGGUUUCUUUGAAACAGAAUGUUUAUCAGCACUUUUGUAUAAUAAUCAAAUUUUAUGACAUUAUCCCUGAUUAUAUGCUUUCAUUAGGGCUGUUGCGCAUCUUUGACAUUCCGAUACAAUUUUCUGUGGCCUUACAGUUCACAGAGUUGGGCACAGGUUUUAUUAUUAGACAUUUGAGUAGCUCAGGUUUGUUCUAUCGAUAAAAAGUGCAUUGUCAUGCCAAAGGCAAGAAAAUGUAGGAUGGCCAAGAAUAUUUUGAGGACACAUGCUUUGGAGAGCAAAAUAACAUUGCAUCAUGACCAUAUGUAGACAUAUCAUGACUAUAUAUGGAUACAUCAUGACUAUAUAUGGACACAUCAUGACUAUAUAUGGGCACAUCAUGACUAUAUAUGGACAUAUGACUUUA